UGCUCCAUCGUAUGGGAACCUGCCUAGCACACGACCAGUCUCGUGAGAAGUCGUGAACGGCACGGUUCGGAUGCAAAAAGUGCUUUUUUCCGCAGCGAUUCGUUUUGUUGAUGAGUGCAAUUAGUUCUCGGGAGUAUCCUCUUUAAGCAGUGCAAAAACAUCUGUGCGGUAUCUAUAGCAAUUGUAUACUGUUUUAUCAUCGCUGGUGACAUCGCUGAUUGAAUCAUUAGUCGGAAAAAAAGACCUGAAAGACUCCCCAAACUCGGAUUGUGAUACAAACCAUAGUAUUUUUGUUAGUGUAGUUAGCCAUAAGAACCACCUCACGAAGGCAUUCCACAUCCCGGUUUGAAGGAUAUUAAGCAUCAAAGUAAGCCGAGCACAUCAGCAUCAUCGAUUCCAGAAGUGAAAUGUGUCUAUGAGUGAAAAGGUCAACGAGGAAGGAUCACGAGAAAGAAUAUACUUUAGGCCGAUAAAAAAUAUUUUAUCUGUGCAAUAUAGCAACUCCUCGAUAGUGAAUCUCGUUUUUGGAUUAUUCUAAAUUUCAUCGGAAGAGUGUGAGUGUGUGUGGGGGGAGUGUGCUAUUUUACAGCAAAGUCAGAAAAAAAACAUCAAAAUGGAGUUCCGCUUCAACUGUCAUCCGCUGUUUCGGCAGCGCAUCGUGCGGAUAAACAAUUCGCUCUUGCCGACCGGAUUCUCAGCCCCAUGUCGACGAUCUGCGCUCGACGCCACCGCACAAAUCUCCGAAAUCAUCAACUCGGUCGGUCAGAUGUCCGCACAGGCACAGGGUUUGUCAAAUCCAGUGACCACAUCGCAGAAGCUCCGUAGCUCCGAUCAUCACAUUUACCUAAUGUUCGAACCUAAUGAGAAGAAUGGUCUGGUCGUUGGAAUACUGAAGGUUGGCCGCAAAUCUCUGUACGUGUUCGACCAGAAUGGCGAGACGGUGCACGUAACGGCGCCCUGUGUGUUGGACUUUUAUGUACACGAGUCCCGACAGCGCGGUGGAUUGGGCCGCGAGCUGUACGAUCAUAUGCUGAACGAGGAAAGAAUCACCCCAUCGGAGAUGGCCAUCGAUCGUCCUUCGGAAAAAUUGCUCGGAUUUCUGCAGAAGCAUUAUGGGUUGAACAAGAAAAUCCCGCAAAUGAACAACUUUGUGGUUUAUGAGGGCUUCUUCGCCGGCAGCCAGAACGCUUCGGACAUUGAUGGCCGCCGCAUGCACAUCACCGCCAGCCCUAACACGAACUUAUUUGGACCUACGUUCACCACGGUCGGUGACAAACGGAGGAGCGGCUCGCAGACGCAUCAGUCGGCCGUUUCACCAGCGAUGGUCCAGCAGCCCCCGGUGGGACGUUACGCAGCGAAACGACCGUCCUGCAGCAUGGCACAGAUAAUUCACAACAGCCCAACAGCGGUUUCGACGGAGCCCAACAGCACCUCUCCGUCUUCCACUAACAACCAUCAUGCGCCUCCAUCCGCUCCCACUACUAACAAUAGCGAGUUCGAAAACGAUCAUCAACAUCACCACCAUCAUCAUGAUCAUGAGCCGGAGGAAGUGAGUGGCAAUGGCCACCGGCAGGAGGACCAAAGCGCUCCGGCUCACCGCAAUAAUGAUGAUGAUGAUGCUGUUGUUGUUGCUGAUGAUGUUCUAUCGGAUAAUCUUCAAAAUUUGAACAUGUCGGAACCAUCCGAUUAUGUUGACUAUCAUCAUCAUCACCACCAACAUCAUCAUCAGCAUAAGUCCGAUCAGGAGGUUAAGUUUGCCGAUGAUUACGCAGACAUUCCGGAUGCAGCUGCUGAUCCAGAUCCGUAUAGUUUCCAUCCGCACCACCUCGAGCUAACGCAGCACCAGGAGCAACAUCCGCAGCAUCAGCAGCAGCAGAUGACGAUGAUUAAUCGAGAAAAUUCUGCUUCUCCCCAAUCGAUCAGCCAGCAGCAGACACCGGAACAUCCGGCGCUCAAGAAGCCCAUCCGCUUCACGAAGCAGCACACAGGACUAAAGAAUAUGUCAUUCGGUGUGGGGGCGGCGGUCACACCCACCGGUAAAAUGGAAUUCGACCAAGAGGAAAACGAGGGUUUCGGAUCGGUGAAGAUCAACCGACCCAUCGGGAAGUCCAGCACGAGAAACAGCCUCAAUUCGGGGGAUAACGAUAAUGAAUCGGUACACUCCAAGGGCUCCGACAGUAGUCAUCUCACCGAGCAUGGCCAUUUCGAUCUCAAAUUUUACCACAAUAAACUGUGGUAAGCCCACUUACUGUGUACAACAAACAAAAGGCGACCGGACAAGACAGUCGUCCUUUUACAUUCUCCCUUGUCUUCGAAUUCCGAAUUGUCCAUUUUUACAGUAAAUUUAAACUUUCAAUCAAACCAAAAUGUAAUCUGAGACAGUGUAAAGUAACGAUUAGAUCACCAGAAAUUAUUGCGCAUUAGAAGGAAAGAUAUAAAAAAAAGAAACAAAAAUGGAGGCUGCAUGUCCAUAUCGUGUACCAAAUCGCAGAUCGCAAACUAUACAAAUAUGUUUACUGUUGUGUAGAUGUCGCGCUUGUUGUGGUAGAGUUGAUUAGUUAUUGCAAACUGAUAGAAAAAUUUGAGGUUAGGUUUCGCAAAACGCUUAUUUUGAAAUCGUUUUAUUUUUAAUUCACUGUUUCACGCGCUUUUAACGGGCAGGUUUGAGUUUGCCCGCAUUUGGUUGAGUUUUUGUGUUGAAAUUGUUAGUGUCGGUUAGCAUGUUAUUUUUUCUCAAAAAGUGACCAACUGUGCGUUUUCUUGCAGAAAUAUUCAGGAGGACUACCUGAAAGAUUACGUUAUUCAUUAGAAUCUCGCGAGCGCUUAUAGGGAUGAUGCUUUCGGAACGAUACAAGAAGAGCAAACAAAAUCGACCGGAGAUAGAUCGUGUGUGUGAACUUAAUUUCAAAUACAUCUCCAGAGCACUCAUUCUCUGGGAAAAUGUAACAAAUAUAAAUGCUCCAGUUUGAUAUAUCUCGAUUAUAGACGAUAGACGGUAAACCGGUAAAAUAAGAAACUUUAUCUAUACAUGAUCGUAAUGAAAGAACACUAAAUAAAUCCCAUGAAAUCUUGGCUAAUGAA